AUGACCUAUUUGUGGCGUAACUGUUCUUUAAACGAAAAUAAAUACAUUUUAUCCGAAAAAUUGAAAACAUACGGAAAUACGAAACCUCAUCCUAGAUUUGUAAAAAACAGUGCAAACAAUUUGAAAUUAAAACGGUUCUUGGCGUCACAUAAGAUACUGGCUAAAUUGGUCCAAUGGAAUGACAUGCUGAAUUCUCUGAGCGACGAGUUUUGUGAACAAGAGACAUCCGGCUGUGAAUUAAAUGAAGUAAAAGCCAUUACAUCAACAGACAGCAUACGACAUACGGUACCAAAGCUACCUGCUGAUAGUGGUUCCAAGGCUAUAGCAACUCCUACACUGCCAAUGAACACAUGGCAGAAUGUUCCAGCAGAAAUGGCCCAGCCACCUUCCUCAUCAGGUGAUCAAAAAGCUGAAUGUCGUUCUAUGGCAACAAAUGCCUCGUCUAAACUGGGAACUGAAAAAACGAAAAUUGUAACUCCACAUAGCGGUAAAACUAAAGCAGAUACUCAUUCAAUUUCUGCUUCUAAUCUGAUCGCUGCUUCAUCAAAGAUUCGACCGGUUAAAACGAUAGAACAAUCUAAUUUUUCAAAUGACAGCCAUAAAUGUACACAAUUUUCAUCCGCGAUUAAAACUGAAGUCCAGCCUAUUGAGCCUUCUGCUGAAAUUAUGCUCGAGACAGCUAAUACUCCUACACUACCGCCGUCUGCUGAACCUACACCACCUUUAAUCAACUUACGGCCUGUUUCUCCUAUACCAUCUACUUCACGGUUACAUCAAGCAGGGACUAGUGAUCAGCAAACUACUCAUCAAGCUAAGAAGAAAAUGACGGUGCGUGAUUUGUAUCCAAUGGAAUGUGAUGAAAUUGAUUCCGAGCUAACGGACGUUAUUAACAAAACCCAAAAAUGCAGAAGCAUAAUGAGAAAAUUGUUUCAGAGAAAUGUCCCCUUCGCCUCGGCGAGCGAUGUUAUUUGA